AUGAGGUUGUGGUCUGCUCCAUUGGCACAUCACAACCAAACACCAUUAUUAGCUCUCCCUAAGGAGCUCUUAUUGAAAAUCAUAUCCAAUGUCGCCCUAUACGACGCAUAUCCAUCAUCAUUGAUACAGCUAUCCAUCACCUGUCGACAUCUUUAUUACCUUAUACACAAAGACCCAUGGCGACAAGCGACAUUAUGGCCAAGAGCCUUUAGUGCACGUUUCGAUACCUCGGCAAUUUACCGGCGUCAACUAUAUCGGCAACUCGAUUGGCAGUCUGCGCUUGAGCGUAGGUGCAGAGCACUUGAAACAUGCCGUCAAGUGGCAGCAACAGCAGCAACACAACAACCACGAGACCUUGUUGACCAGCUCAGCAAAAUCGAUUGGGAGAUCAUUUGGGACAUGAUUACAGAGCAUGAUGAGCUAAACAUUCCGCAACUAUUGAACCAUCAAGUGCAUCUGCUAGCUGGUGCUGCGUUUCAAUUAGGAUCCCUUCGUGAUCGAGAAGCUUACCCUGUGGUCCUGCCUAUUUUGUCCUUGCUAGUGAAUUAUGACUUCUCCAUCAGCCGUUUCUUUACAUCAGACAUUUCACCACACAUUGUAUCACAUGAACUAAGUCAAUUUGCAUACGACUUUGAAGCGGAUGCCCUUAUCACCAAGCACAUGUCACCACGAUUAUUUCACUCACAAAUCACGUUGCAUGAAGAUGAUGAUGAUGAUGAUGAUCCAUUUAUGAAUGACAGCAAAAGCACAAUUGAUACAACAAUCUUUUAUCCAUCACAAGAUCCACUGACAGCUGCAUUCCAUUUAUUCUUUACCACCAUCUUUGCAUGCCAUCCUGCACCUUACGAAGCCAUUCCAAAAUGUUCACCCAUUCCACUCUUUCCUAUACACUCUGCCAUGUUUGAUGUUGAAUACCUUCGACGUUAUGAGCGUCAAUUGUUUCAUGCAAGUUUAAGGGAAUCACGUGAUAAAUGGCACGACAAGCAUUAUAAGACGCCUGCUCCCUCCAACGGUAACCAGGCAUUAGAAAACAUUUACAGCGACACUGGAUUUGCAUCAUCCACACAUUUUGUCAGCGAAGCAUACCUCAUUGAAGGCGAAUGGAUGGGCUAUUAUUCGUUCUUGGAUGUGGAUGAAGACGAUGAUGGCAACGACAUUGCAACAGCAGCCUCGGAUUGGUUUGACGGUCCAAUGCGUUUGACGUUACGUAUUGUACCCCUAGAUGAUGAAGACGAAGAAGAUGAACAAGUACAACAAGCAUCAUCAUCCAUGAUCAGCCGACCCACAGGGUUUCCAUCAUGCCAUUUACGCACGUGCCCAUUGACCCGAUUUGAAGGCAUUGGCGCAGAUAAUCUUGGUGGUUUCCAUGUCACGGGUUUAAUUGACGACAGCGAAGAUGGCCAAGUGACUUGGGAAAAGACCUACAUUGAUUCAGGCGAGACCUGGGAAUAUGCUGGCAGAUUCCUCUUGCCCAUGGGUCUAUGUGGUCGUUGGGGUGAUGAACAAUAUGGAGGUCCUUGGUGGAUGUGGAAAGUACAACCAUCCAUUCAACCUGCCAACGGUCUCGAAAAGUCAUCAUCAUCAUCAUCAUCAUUAUCAUGA